AUGCCGGAACAGAUCCUGGAGACACUGUAUGCCAACAGGAGGUCCUGCCGGUUGAGCCCCGACUAUACUGUUCGCCACUGGGAGUUCUAUGUGGAGCAAUACGCCAGCCACGGAUUUGGGGACCACGAUGCGUCUUACAACGUACCCAAUUCUGGCUACUUCGUCCGAGGCAUUAUCUUCGCAGUGGAUUAG